UUUAGGAGCCGACUUUGAAAGCUACGUAUUGUUAAUCUGUGCUUUGAAACGAAGAAUCAUAAUUUUAAACUAAUUUCAAAAAAUAUUUUUUAUAUUAUUAGGAUAGUGAUUAAGUUCUCCUUGAUUCAAACUGUUUUAUGACUUUCCUUUAUAUAAAAAAACAAGUUAUCUGUUUUUUAAAUGAUGGAUCAGAAGUUUUAUGAUUAUAUUGACGCGAGUUGUACUCGGUUUUUUAGCUCUUUAGAUAUCCAAAUGUCUCGAAAUAUAGAGACAGCUGGAAUUCAAACCAGACAAUCGAACAGCAGUGGGAUAUGGUGCUGCGUGUUGUUGCCAAUAAUUUUGAAUGUAUAUUCAGUCCAAUAUGCAGUUUCAUCUCUAUACACAUUUGUGGCUGUAAUAUCUAUUGGAUUAUUUAUUUACUGUGUAUUGUUUAUAAUAUUUUUGUCAAUGUCAAGUUUGGUACUGCAACAAUCUGUUUAUGCCAGUUGCAUCGCUUCAGGGCUUAUUCCAGUUUUAUUGCUGUACACAAUCUUAGAUUAUGGUAAGGAUUUAAAAAACUACAUAUGUUCUUCAGAUAAUUUAUUAAUUAUCUUAUUUCAAUCUAUAAACAAUAAAAUAGAAUAUAAUUAUCAGCUACAUUUAAUAUAUGUUAUGUUUGUUUCAGACCUACCAUUUUGUUUAUUUUAUUCCUUUGCAUCAGUGUUCUCAUUCAGUUGGUUACUUCGUAUUUCACUAAACCAAUUCCAAAAAACAUUCACAGUAGGUGAGGCUAUGUUAAUACUACAAGCUGUAGUGAUUUUCAUUACUGCAGCAGUAGCAAAAGUUACCUCUAAUCUUGAUGAUGCAGAUAAAGAGAUGGACUUUAUUUAUACUAUUGUUUAUGCAUGGCUGUCCACUGUAGGAAUAUUUAUAACAGCUCUAUGUCUGCUAAAAGAUGAACAGAGAUCUCUAGAGAUACUGGGCUGCAUUGUUGGUUUCUGUGGAGUAUAUGGACUGCUUAUCUUACACAUCGUUUUAGGGCUUAAUUGUAUUUACAAUAUAUUUCAUUAUAUAUUUAUGGAAGGUAAUAGGGCCUUAAUACUCCUUUUGUGGGCAGUGUUGGUUGGUAUCUCUGUGGUAGUAUUGACUGCGCGUACGCAAUUGGCUGUGAAAGCUAGUACAGUAACACGGAAAGCAUUUCAUGUCUUGGCCUCUUUGGUGUUCAUGUCUGGCAUAUUGCUGGAUCCACAUCUGAUGAUUUUAGCGUCAGGAAUUGGUUUUGGAUUGCUAUUAUUUGUUGAGGUUUGUAUUAAUAAAAUAUACAAUAUAGUUUAUACAUUUUCAAGGGUUGAGCGCAUGAUAGAGGAUUUUAUUAGGUAAUUAAGUUUUUAUUACUUUGCUUUAAUUGAUGGGCUAGUUU